AUGGCAGCCAUGCGAAAUUGGAUUCAACGUCUCGAUGACCCAAACGCUGUUGGAGAGAAUAAGAAGAACAGGGUUGCUGUUGUACAUUGCAAGGCUGGAAAAGGUCGCAGCGGUACUACCGCAUGCUCCUAUCUGAUAAGUGAGGAGGGCUGGAAGAAGGAGGACGCCCUUGAACGCUUUACCACUCGGCGUAUGCGAGCAGGAUUUGGAAACGGUGUGAGCAUUCCCAGCCAACUUCGUUGGGUAGGUUACGUCGAUCGAUGGGCCAACAGUAUGGGCAAGAAGUAUGUUGAAAGACCAGUAGAAGUGGUUGAAAUCCACGUCUGGGGUCUUCGAGACGGCGUCAAGGUUUCCGUGGAAGGCUACGUUGAACAUGGUCGCCGCAUUCGUCAAUUUCAUACUUUUACAAGGGACGAGAAGACCGUCAUCGAAGAAGGCAAGGUCGAAUCAUCAAGGCCACCACUUAGCUAUAGCCACGUACGAAAGGACGAUGAAAUACUGGUGAGUCCCGUCGAAGGAACUCCUCAAUCAUCGAAUACCAGUUUGCCAGGCGCCUCUACUGCUCAAACUAUCAUCCUUAGACCGAAAACUCCACUUAUUCUUCCUACGAGUGAUAUCAACAUCGACUUUGAACGACGAAAUAAAGCUUCAUACACGGGGUUUACAAUGGUUACUGCCCUUGCACAUGUUUGGUUUAAUACCUACUUUGAGGGCGGACAUGAUGGCUUUGACUCAGGAGUCUUUGCCAUUGAAUGGGAUGCAAUGGACGGUAUCAAAGGGAGUGCGAGAAAAGGCACAAGAGCACUUGACCGGUUGAAGGUUGUUUGGAAAUAUGCUCCAAACGAAGAGCAUGUCAUUACUGAACCAGCUAGAGGUGAGACUGUACCAGAAAACCCACCAGCUGAUUGGCGUGGUGAAGGAAAUGAAGAAAGUCGACCGGCAGACGGAGUUACCAGCGGUAGGCCUGGAGGAGCCGCACUGACCAUGGGUGCCGUGGUAGCUGAAGGGGCCCAGACCCUCGGAAAGGAACUGGGGUUGAGAAAAAGUGCUCCUGACAGCGCGAAUAUCAGCCGCGCAUCGAGCAUCAAGGAGCCGCUUAGAAAAAGCACCGAGAUACAAAGGGCCGAGGAGACUGACGAUGAGGGCGUUAAGACUACUGGUCCUGAAGGUGAAGACCAUGUCGGCUACAGUGACUCUGACAAGGAAGAUACUCGGGUCGGUAAUGGCAUGGAAGUUGGCUUGGGCAAAGUGGCGAACGCUGUGGCGAAGAUGAAGCCUGGCGAGGGAAACGGUAUACACGAGCAAUGA